AUGACAUUAGAUCAUGAUACAGAAAAAAUAGAUUCCUAUAAUCAAUUACAAUCCAGUGGAUAUUCAGAAAGAAUUACAAAAGAAUCUCACCUGAGAUAUAUAUUUAGAUUAUAUUUCAAUGUUUUUGUUGCGGUACUUAGUACAUUCUACUAUGGUUUUGCCACAGGAGUAUUGGCACCGACUUUUAUAAAAAUUUAUGAAGACUAUCAUUAUUCAAAACAAAUACAAUCUUUAUUUGUUUCAGUUUUACUUAUAGGUGGAAUGGUUGGAUCAUUUAGUAGUAGUUUUUUUAUGGAUAAAUUGGGAAGAAGAAACACUUUAAUAUAUAAUAACAUUCUUAUUUUUAUUGGUGUAUUACUUUCUAGUUUUUCUUAUAAUUUACCAUUCUUUUACUUUUCAAGAUUUAUUAGUGGAUUCUCAGCUGGAGUUGGAAGUGCUGUUGUACCUGUUUAUAUUGCUGAAAUAGCACCUCCUGAGAAAAGAGGAUCGUUAGGUGUUGUUAGACAAAUUUCUGUAACCUCAGGUGUAAUUUCUUCAUCAUUAGCUGCAUUUGGUUUGAAUAGAAUUCAUAAUGGCUGGAGAUAUACUUUUGGUAUUAGUGCAGCAACAGGUGUGAUUCAAUUGAUACUCUGUUUUUGGUUUUUUGAAUCACCACGUUGGUUACUUUCAAAGAAUAAAACCAAGGAAGCAAUUCUUGUUAUCUCGAAACUAAAUGCUGAAAAAUCAUCCGAAGAAAUUCAAUCACUCAUCCAAAAAAUUCAAAAUGAUCUAUCUACCCAAAAAGAAAAUGAAUCUUGGCAACAGCUUUUUAAAUUGAAAUAUUGGAGAGUAUUUUUAAUUGGAUUUUCAUUAUGUUCAUUCCAACAAUUCGUUGGAAUCAAUUCUUUAGUAUAUUAUAGUGCUGACAUUCUAAUGAAAUCUGGAUUCGACCAUUCAAUGGCAGUGUUACUAUCAGCAUUAAUAGGUAUUCCACAAAUCAUUAUGCUUUUAAUAUCUCUAUGGGCUAUUGAUAGAUUCGGAAGAAAGCCAUUGUUAUAUAUAGGCCUAUCAGGAAUGAUCGUUGGUGCAGUUGUAUUGGGUUAUACUUUUUGGAAUGACGGAUCUGACAAGUCAAGAACACUUUCAAUUGUUGCAGUAGUAUCGAUGAUUCUUUUCAAGAUUAGUUUUUCACUUUGUUUAGGAUCGAUACCGUUUAUUAUUGCAUCCGAGAUUUAUCCAAAUAAGAUCAGAGGUAAAGCCAUGUCCAUCGCCACCCUUGGUACAUGGCUUGCCAAUAUUUUAGCCAAUGUGUUAUAUUUACCACUUGUUGAAGCACUUGGACAUUCUGGACUCUAUUGGUUCUACAGUGGAUCCUGUUUACUCUGUUUGUUAUUCGUUGCCAUUUUUGUACCAGAGACCAAAGGAAUACCAAUCGAAGAACUAUAUAAAAUGCUCAUCAAAGAAAAUGAAUCACCAACAAAAAUAAUAACAUCAAGUCCUCAAAAAAAUAAUGAUAAAGUAUAA